AUUUGUGAGUGAGAUAAGUAUUGUGGAGUUAAACUCAGUUCUGUGCGAGAUGUCGAACACAAUAGUCGCACGCACUGCUUUGGGCCCAAUUCGUGGCGUUAAGAAAGAGGGCAUUUUGGGAGCAAAGUACCUCAGCUUCUUCCGGAUUCCCUACGCUAAACCCCCACUCGGCGAUCUGAGGUUCAGGGAUCCUCAACCUCCGGAACCAUGGGAAGAGACUCUGGACUGCACAGUUGAGAGCCAAGGAUGCGCUCAGAACAUGUUGUUCAUGAAUAGCUUCGUGGGUGAUGAAGAUUGUCUCCAUGUUAAUGUGUUCACUAAGAAUCAAAACUCAAAGCGACUCCUUCCUGUCAUGCUGUACAUCCACGGAGGCGGCUUCGUCUGUGGCGCCGGCACCACAAUGAUGUAUGGACCGGACUUUAUCAUUGAGCGAGAUGUGGUUCUGGUCACGUUCCACUAUCGCGUGGGCGCUCUGGGAUUCCUGAGUCUCCAGGAUCCCACGCUCAACAUUCCCGGGAAUGCUGGGCUGAAGGAUCAAGUGAUGGCGUUGAAGUGGGUGCGAGACAACAUCUCUUUCUUCGGCGGCGAUCCCAACAACGUGACUCUCUUCGGCGAGAGCGCGGGCGGAGCUUCUGUGCACUUCAUGCUCCUCACUGACCAGGCCAGGGGACUCUUCCGCCGCGCCAUCGUCAUGUCAGGUACGGCGUACGAUCCCUGGGCUUUUGCUCCAGACCUGAAUUGGGCCGGGAAGCUGGCCAAAUCAGUCGGAUGGACUGGCGAAGGCGGUGAAGCUGGAAUGCUGGAGAGUCUGAUGAAAGUGAGCCAGGAAGUGUUGGCAGAAAAGCAAGGGGAGCUGAUCACCCAUGAGAAUCACAAAAAUGCUAUUCUCUUCCAUUUUGGUCCUGUGGUAGAGCCUCAAUGGAGUGUGAAUAGUGUAAUUACUAGUCAUCCACGUAACAUGGCCAGAACGGCCUGGGGAAACUCCAUCCCGAUUAUGACUGGUGGCUGUGCAGAUGAAGGAUUGCUCAACUACAAAGAUUUUACCGCGGACGAUGAUUUCUUGGGAGAUUUGACGAGUUUUGUACCUUGGGAACUAAACUUGCAUCCUGAGAGUGGACGUAGGCAGGAAGCUGCAAAAACGUUAAGGGACUUCUACUUCAAUGGCAAUCGUCCAUCAACAAAAGAUGGAUAUGACAACCACGUGAAGUUUGCAGGAGAUAAAUUCUUCUGGCAUGGACUUUCUCGCCUUGUUCGCGCCAGAUGUGAAGCUGCGCCUUUGGUCCCGACAUUCCUUUAUCGCUUCGCUCUAGAAUCUGAACAUUUUAAUUUUGCUCGCACCUUUAUUUGCGGACCAGGAGUCCGUGGAGUGUGUCACGGUGAUGAUUCAAUCUACAUAUUGAGUUCAGCUCUUGUGACAAAACUACCUGAAGUCGGGAGUAUUGAGCGCAAGACUAUCGAUCGAAUGGUCAGCAUGUGGACUUCAUUCGCGAUCAGCGGAAAUCCCAAUUGCGAAGCAAUUGCGCCGGUCAAGUGGCUUCCCGUGUCUCCGAACGGACCUCCUUAUCGCUGCCUCAACAUCGCCGAAGAAGUGACUUUCCCUCUGCUGCCCGAGACGGAAAGAUUGGCAGUUUGGGAUUCUCUCUACGAACGUGAUCAAUUGAUUUGAUGCGACGACGUUUCGCCAAUUAGUGCCUUAUACGAAACAGUUUCAAUAAUAAAUUUGAGGUUUCAUCUGGACCGCAUGAAACGAAACUACACACUUAAUCCUCUUUAAAUGUGAUAAAAAGGAUAAAAAUGUUUCUUGUUUUAAUUUAUUUGUAAAAUCAAUGAGAGUAUGUAAUUUAAACUUCUGCAUAGCAUACUUAUUCCAUGAAGGUUAGAGCUAAACAUAAGCACAGAGGUUAUUGUUAGCAAUAUACACACCUAAUAACACCCUAUGUCCAUAAAUUAAAACCUAAGAUUUUUUUUGUGUCAUAUGGAACUCAAAACACGUUCACUUUAUCACUUUUAUCGUGUAUCAA